GCUCGUCGCGAGGCCCCAGCCCCCUCACCAUGGGGGCUCAGGACACCCUGCCCGUCGCCGCUGCUUUCACGGAAACCGUCAACGCGUACUUCAAAGGGGCCGACCCCAGCAAGUGUAUCGUGAAGAUCACGGGGGAGAUGGUGCUGUCGUUUCCAGCCGGCAUCACCCGACACUUUGCCAACAACCCCGCUCCAGCCGUGCUCACCUUCCGCGUGCUCAACUACAACCGGCUGGAGCACGUCCUGCCAAACCCCCAGCUCCUCUGCUGUGACAACACCCAGAUUGACACCAGCACGAAGGAGUUCUGGGUCAACAUGCCAAAUCUGAUGACUCACCUAAAGAAGGUAUCGGAGCAGAAACCUCAAGCCACCUAUUACAAUGUGGAUAUGCUCAAAUACCAGGUAUCUGCCCAGGGUAUUCAGUCUACUCCAUUAAACCUUGCAGUGAGCUGGCGGUGUGACCCUGCAAGCACUGACCUCCGCAUCGACUACAAAUACAAUACAGAGGCAAUGACCACACCGGUCGCUCUAAACAACGUCCAGUUCCUCGUCCCCGUCGAUGGAGGAGUCACCAAACUUCAAGCCGUGCUUCCUCCCGCUGUCUGGAACGCCGAACAGCAAAGGAUAUUGUGGAAGAUCCCUGAUAUCUCGCAGAAGUCAGAAAAUGGAGGUGUGGGGUCUCUGCUGGCCCGAUUCCAGCUGUCGGAGGGGCCCAGCACCCCGGCCCCCCUGGCCGUGCAGUUCACCAGCGAGGGGAGCACGCUGUCGAGCUGCGACAUUGAGCUCGUCGGGGCCGGGUACCGCUUCUCCCUGAUCAAGAAGAGGUUUGCGGCAGGUAAAUACUUGGCCGAUAACUGAUGGAAGCUUAUGGAAGUUUAUGGAAAAUAAUAUGGAAAAUACCCCAGGACUGCUGUGCGUGGAACGGGUUUUAAUUACAGUUUAAGGAAAACGAACUCAAUCUUGCACUCGGGACGUUUUUGUUGGAAGUGUCGACAACUUUCAGCAAUUUUUUUUUUUUCCUUGGAAAACACCGUCUUGACCAGUCCUACAGUAUUUACUUCUAGAUGUAACAUUGUUAAUGGUUUUAAAAUGUAAUUAUUGUAUUUGUAAAUUGUACUCAUUCCAGUAAGACUGUAUUUUGGCAGUUAGACACUUGAGUUUUAGCAUUUUACCAUUCAUGAAAUGGAUGUAAUUUAAACCGUGGUAUAUAAAUUUACUAGUAGUACUGUCGAAUGGCACAAUGCUUACAGAGGUAGAUUACAUUUUGUCAAUAUAUACGAUUUAAAUACAAUACCGAUAGCUGUUAUGAAGGGGGUGCCUC